UGCUUCAAACAAUCGAGGGGUGAAGAAAUUGCUGAAACGCAUCGCUUUUUCAAUUCAGUCGUAGUCACGGAGAAACUGAAGAACAACAUUUCAUUUUCAGGGAUCAAAACACGCAACAUUUCAUUUUGCUUCCCCGAAAGAUCAAAAGUGAAACGCAUUGCAAAUUUCCUAGCGUUCGUGAAGAUCGAAACAUGGACGACGAAUUGCUCGAGUUACAGAGACAGUUCGAGUUCGCUCAGCAAGCGAAAUCGAGUAUUCGAUUAUCGGAUCGCAACGUCGUCGAAUUAGUCCAAAAAUUGCAGCAACUUCAAAUUAUCGAUUUCGAGCUUCUUCACACUGCCUCUGGAAAAGAAUACAUCACUCUCGAUCAACUGAGAAAUGAGAUGGUUGCUGAGGUGAAGAAAUUAGGCCGUAUUUCUGUGAUUGAUCUUGCUGAUGUCACUGGAGUUGACUUGUAUUAUGUUGAGAAACUGGCUCAUAACAUUGUAACGGAUCACCGAGAAUUGAUGUUGACUCAAGGGGAAAUCAUUACGGAAUCUUAUUGGGAUUCAACUGCUGAAGAGAUUAACGAGAGGCUUCAAGAGUGUAGUCAAAUUGCACUGACGGAACUCGCCGCACAAUUGAAUGUUGGUUUGGAUUUGAUUGCUUCUGUGUUGGAGCCGCGCCUUGGAACUAUAGUGAAAGGAAGGCUUGAAGGAGGGCAGUUGUAUACUCCUGCUUAUGUUGCUCGUGUUAGUGCAAUGGUUCGAGGUGCUGCGAGGGGCAUCACAGUUCCGAUGAAUUUGACAGUGUUAUGGAGCUCAUUGCAGAACUUACUGCAGGAAAUGGAUGGAGCCAGUGGUGUGGCUGUUGAUGGAUCUUUCUUUCAGUCUUUGUUUAAUGGACUUGUGAAGGGAGGCGAGAUUUUAGGGUCGGUUCGUGCUGGGGUGCAUUGGACACCAGCUGUAUUUGCUGUUGCUCAAAAGGAAUCCGUGGAUUCUUUCUUUUCGCAAAAUUCUUUUAUCAACUAUGAUGUUCUGCACAAACUUGGAAUUCCCCAGCCCAUUCAGUUCUUGCAGUCCAGAUAUCCUGAAGGCAAACCUCUUGUUACAACAUUUGUUCAUCCAUCGAUGAUUGAGAUGCUAGAUGCUGCUACUGAGGAUGCUCUAGAACGCGGUAGCUGGAGUGAUUCUCUUUCCUUAUUGCCCUCAUCUUUUACACCUCAAGAUGCAUCAAAAAUGCUUUUCCUCUGUCAAUCUGUACAAUUGGCUCUGAAGUCUAACAAAGCACACAUAUUUGGGGAUUUUUAUGUGUUGAGCAGCAGCUUUAUGAAGGAUAUUUGUGAUCGCCUUGUGAAAGAAUUAGAGACAUUAGCUGUUUCAAGGUCUUUGGGCACUGCAAAAUCUGGUGAUUUACAAAAAGCCAGUGAAGUAAAUGUAGGGUAUGAUUCAAGCAGGUUGAGUGAGUCGAAUGAAACGGCGAGUGAUGGGGGUUCCAACAAGCAUGCUGAUAAAGGGACUAAGAAGAAAAGGGGGAAAGCCGCUGGAAAUGCAUUAGCAAAUCAAUCUGAAAGUGCUCCUGAUAACCAAGAACAGAUUUCCACAAAAUCUAAGAAAAGCCAGAGAAGGGGUAAGGAUACAUCUUCACAAACAUCAGAUUCCAAGCCAGGUUCUAGGAAAGAAUCACAUAAAAUGAAAGAGGAUGAUCUCAGUAGUCCCUCAGAAGAGUGGAUCAUGAAGAAGAUUACUGCCUUGAUACCUGAUUUUGAAGAACAAGGUAUCGAUGAUCCUGAGACGAUUCUUAGGCCUUUGGCUAACCAAUUAAGGCCUACAAUAAUUAAUACUUGGAUGGAGAAAAAGAAGGCAUUGCUUAAAGACAAUGCAGAAAGAAUGAAACAUUUGCUCGAUAAUUUGCAGAAGAAACUUGAUGAGUCUUUCUUAAACAUGCAGCUGUAUGAAAAAGCCUUAGAACUGUUUGAAGAUGAUCAAUCAACUUCUGUUGUUUUGCAUAGGCAUUUACUUAGGACGGUAGCAGCUCCUAUGGUUGAUAUGCUUCUUCAUGACUUGGACGAGCACAACAAAUUAAAGAACGGAGUUGACGUGCUGGAAUCUUCAAAUUCUGAGCCUAUUUCAUUAAGUUCUGGAGACAGAGCUGCAAUUGCCAAGAGUUUUCCAGGAGCUCUUGCAAAUAAGGCUCUUGCUGUUGUAGAAGCAUUGGAAGGAAAGAGGGUGGAAACAUUCAUGACUGCAUUCAGAAUUGUGACGGAAGAGAGUGGGUUGCCUUUGAAAAAGCUUGACAAGAAACUAGAAAGAACACUUCUACAUUCAUAUCGUAAGGAAUUGACAUCUGAAGUGUCGGCUGAGACUGACCCUGUAUCACUUCUGCCAAAAGUUGUGUCUUUACUCUAUGUCCAGGCUCACCAUAAAGCUCUUCAAGCCCCUGGAAGGGCCAUUUCUGUUGCUAUUUCUCAAUUGAAGGAUAAGCUAGACGAGUCAGCAUGCAAGAUUUUAGCUGAUUAUCAAACUGCUACUGUGACUCUUUUGGCCCUAUUAUCAGCUGCUCCUGAUGAUAAAGAGAGUUGUGCAUCUGAUAGAAUUCUGAGUAAAAGAGAGCUUCUGGAGAGCCAAAUGCCAAUCCUCAAAAGCUUGGUUUUGAGCUCCUCACAGUCAUAAAUAUUUUUCAAGUCAAAUCUACCACCUGGAUGGAGCUCUAUUGUAAUUUGGUACAAUGGACGAAUUUAAUGUUAGUUGUGGAUUUGAUGUUAGUUUAAUCUAUACAACUUGUAUAAUUUUCCUUGUUAUUUAUCAAAAUAAUAUAAUAAUACUUUAACCAAAAUUGUCAAAUUUGCAACA